CAGAGAUUCUUUUAAGAAAACAACAACAACAACAAUAAAAUUCUUAAAUACCAAAAAAGAAAUGUCAACCCGUUAUUUGCUAUUUAAUAACUUUGACCACUUUGACAGUUGAUUUAUUUGACGCGUGUGUUUGUUGUAUAGUUGCUUAGUAUACUUCAAGGGAGAGUGAAUGUAAACGUCACUACAUCUUUAACAGAAUACAACAAAAAAAAAAAAAAAAUAAGAAAGAAAAAAAAUCAAAAUAAAACCCACUAAAUGAGUGAGUGAAUAUGAGUGUUUUUGAUUGAAAGCUUAAAAUGUUCUUCAACAACAAAACAAAUAACAAACACAAUGAUGGAACGAACACACACACUCACACACGCUCAAAAACUGAAUGACAUUGACACAAACAUCUAAGCAAACAAAGAAAAACAUUAAAGUGACAUUAUACUUGUCAAAAAAAAGAAAAACUAUUUAAAUAACAAAUACUAAUUUGUUAAAACAAACAUUUAAGCAGAAUAUUUAAAUUUCGCCUACUUUAACAACCACCCCCUUCCCACACACACACACAUACCCACAACCCAUUUGCAAACCAACCUCCUGUUGAAUUAACAAGUGUUUUUUUUUUUUUGUUUGUCUUGCGUUACUAAAUGCUUGUUGAUUUGUGUUGUAUGUUGUGCGUUCGGAGAGGUGGCAUUCCGCGUGUGCGUUAUUUCCAUGUGUUACUUGGUGUGUGUUAUAGACCCUUUAUUGUGUGUGCGUUUGGAAUAGAAUUUCGUUACAAUUUUUUUUCUUCUACUUUUGCGUAAAUAUUGUGUGUGUUUCAACGUAUCCAAAGCAACAUUAUGAUGCUGCACGAGGCUGUUAUGUUGGAAAUCUAUCGACAGGCUUUGAAUGCAAGUGAACUUGCCAGCCCACGUUGUCAGUCACGCGAAUCUACCGCCUCAGCUUCGGCCAACAAUGAUGUUCGUUGUCCAUCAAAUGAAUCACAUUACUCUGGGCAUGAAGGUCAUACACCGGCACAGACACCUACACCAACAUCACCACCAGUUGGUCUACCGUUACCCGCAACAUUGGCACCCGCAGCAGCAGCCGCUCUCUUACCACCACAAUCAGCAGCAAUGGCUGCAUAUUUUAAUGCAGCUGCUGCUGCAGCUCAACAAAAUCAUUUACUAUUAACAAAUCCUUUAGCAGCAGCUGCAUCGCUGGUACAACAGGCAACACAACAAGUUGCACAUUCGCCGAAUUCCCAACAAACCUUGACACCAACACCACCUAAUGCCAGUGAUAGUGUCGAUACAUCAGCAUUGGAUUUUAGCACAAAACGUAGCCGACGGAAUUCUGACGAUGAUGCCAAUGGCAGUGAAGAUGAUGAGGAUGCAGCUGAUGGCGAACGAAUUGAUAAUGAGGCUGAUAAUGGAAAUGAUAAUGAAGCAGAAGACCUGAAUAGUCCAUUAGAUUUAUCGGUAAAUCAUGGACGCAAACGUCAAUCAGACGAAGAGGAACCCGUUUUAAUAAGCAAUCGGAAAUUGGCAAGAUCAAAUGAUUAUAAAUCAUUGCCGGCUUCAAGUACAUGGGUACCUCCAAUAAAUCCAUAUUUGGCAGCUGUUGCAGCAGCCAACAUGUCACCAAAGACUCCACUCUCACUGGAUUGGAAUGCCAAAACGAAAAUUGCACCAAAUGAAGCUACCAAAGCUUUAGAGAAAAUGACUGAAAUGACAAGACUUGGAGGAUCGGCAAAAACUGAUCAUACAGACAACUCAACUAGACAUUCAACCAGUACUACCAGCACUUCCUCAACGACAACCACCACGUCAAAUGGUCGUCACAGUGCUUGGCAAUCACAUUGGCUGAAUAAGGGUGCUGAUGCUGUCAAAGAUGUUUUCAAAUGUGUUUGGUGCAAGCAAAGUUUUGCCACUUUAGCAUCGCUAACCACGCACAUGAAGGAAACCCAACAUUGUGGUGUUAAUGUUCCACCUAGUGUUGGCUCAAAUAGCACGGCAGCAAAUAGUGGCGGCAAUCAAACGACACAAUCUUCCCAUCAUUCUCGUCAUUCAACCACGCAAAGUAGUGGCACAGCAUCAGCUCAAGCAGCAGCAGCAUUAACUGCCAAUAGUUCAGCAACAUCUGGUGGCAGCAAAUCUGAUCUAAACAUGCUAAUCAAAGAAACGAUGCCAUUGCCACGCAAACUAGUGCGUGGACAAGAUGUGUGGCUGGGCAAAGGUGCCGAACAAACGCGCCAAAUAUUGAAAUGUAUGUGGUGUGGACAAAGUUUCCGUUCUCUGGCUGAAAUGACAAGUCACAUGCAAGAGACUCAACAUUAUACAAAUAUAAUAUCGCAAGAACAAAUCAUUUCUUGGAAGUCAACCGAUGAGAAAACGUCACGAGAUAACAGCACUAGCAGUAAUAGAGGAUCUUCUGCAAAUGCUGCCACCAACAACUCAGGCAGCAAUAAUGCUACGGUUACAGUUAAUAACAGUGCUUUGUCUCCUAAUGCUAAUGCAACAAAUUCCACUGUUAGUGCAGUGCUGACAUGCAAAGUAUGUGAUCAAGCGUUUUCAACUCUAAAAGAGUUGAGCAAUCACAUGGUGAAGAACAAUCAUUACAAGGAACACAUGAUACGUACUGCAGCAGCAGCUGAAAAUGUGCCAACAAUGAUUAGAGGCAGAGGUCGGCAGGCAAGGGAGAAACGCAAAAAAUCCUUGCCAGUUCGUAAGCUGUUAGAAAUGGAAAGAGCACAACAUGAUUUUAAAGCUGCCGGUCUAGAUCAAGCUCUCAAGCCGUUACGAGAUUUUGCCGUUUCUACGAAACUAGCCUGUGAAACUUGUGGUGAUAAAGUAGAAACCGCCAUGUUUGUAGAUCACAUUCGCCAGUGUAUUGAUCGUAGUUUGGUUUUGUCACCCAGAUCUCAAAAUAAUAACAAUAAUACAAUGAAAUCUCCCUUUGGACCCUCAACGCCGCAAGAACGUUUAAGCAGUCCACAGACUCCACACAGUCGUAGUGAUGGACGCAAAACUUCAGAUGGUAAUAGUUCCCCUCUGUCAGCAACUAAUGCUAGAGCUGAUAUUUUGUGCCCCUUGCCUCCCACUGAAUCGGAAAAGUCUAGCGGCGGCACUUCCGUAUUAAGUGCUUUGGAGCAAUUAAUCGAAAAAAGUUUCGACUCAAGACCUCGUCAAUCCUCCGCCUAUGGAGAGACUACAUCCGGAGGUACUCCCCUAGGUUCCAGUAUACUUAAACGCUUGGGUAUCGAUGAUAAUGUUGAUUAUACUAAACCUUUAAUGGAUCCUCAAACUAUGCAAUUUUUACGUUCCUAUUCGAAUUAUCCCUCAAAUCGUGACCGCAGUGCCAGUGAAUCGAGUUCAGUGUCCGAACGUUGUAGCAGUCGUUUAGAAUCGUUUACCCCAGAACGCUCCUAUGAUCUAUCCAGACAACCCACACCACGUCUAACACCCGAUAAAAGUUAUCAAACUCCUAAAGAAACUAGGGAUGCCAUGUACGCCACUAAAAUCAAAUCCGAGCCAAUUGAUAAUAGCGAUCAGUUAAACGAUGCCGACAAUAUACCCAUCAAUGAAAUACCAAAGAAAAUUUCAGUUAAGAAAGAAUUCAAUAUACCCGAUGAUCAGGAGGACUUGGAUUGUCACAAAAUGAAGGAAACUGACAUGAGGCAUAGCUCGCUAACACCCAGCUCUCGGGCCAUUAGUCCCAGCAUCAGUGAACGUUCGGCAACACCCAAGUCAACCUGUUCGAGUAGUGAAAAGAAACCGAAUAUAGGCUUAACAGAAAGUAGUAGUCUUAAUGCUUUAUCCUCCAUGUUUAACAAUCUUAAUAACAUGAACACAAAUGCGAUUAAUAGUGCAACGGUGGAGAAUAAUAACAAUAAUACGGGUAACAACACAGUGGCUAAGAAAACCAAUGCCAAUCCUCUGGCUGCUUUACAAAAACUUUGCGAAACUACUGAUACGCCUGCAGCCAAUACACGCAGUUCAUCCAAUAGCAGUCACCACAACAACAAUUUACCAACACAUUCUAGUUCUUCUAGUGCUGGUGCCUCAAAUGCGGGUGGUGCUAGUGGUAGCAGUGGUAGCAGUGGCAGUAGUGCCAGCAUGUUGGCCUUUAGCUGGGCUUGCAAUGAUGCUGUUGUUACAGCUGAUUCCAUUAUUAAAUGUUCCUUCUGUGAUACACCAUUCAGCUCGAAGGGUGCCUAUCGUCAUCAUCUCUCCAAGGUGCACUUUGUCAAAGAUGACCAACAUCAUGAUAUGAAUAGCAUGAAAUCACCAGCUGCUAUGUCAGCCAUUUCACCUAAAUCGAUGACUUCUCCCAAAAGUAUGACUUCAGCUAAGAGUCCAGCAGCUCAACAGCAGCAGCAACAACAACGUUUGGAAUCAACACCACCGUCCAGUGUUGCCACAACACCCACCAUCAAUCCCUACGAUGAAAGUCCUCAAUCGAAAUUCUUAAAAUAUACUGAGCUGGCCAAACAGUUGUCGAGUAAAAAUGCUUAAGCGUUGGUGGAGGAAGGGGUGUCCCUGUAGUAAAGGUAUGAAAUUGUGUAUAAGUAGUGUUUUUUUUGGAAAUCACUUAGUAUUUUAAAGAAAAUAAGUAAAAUCUUUAAAGAUCUUGAAAAAGUUUAUCGAAAAUUGCUUUACUGAAAAAUAAGAAAUCUUUAGAUUUCGAAGUGUAUAUAUUAGAAAUUGAAGGUUUCUUAAAAUUCAACUUUUGGUCCGUAAACGUUUGAAUAAUCCCCAUAACCUGACUCAAAAAGAAUUUAAAAAUUGCUAGGGCUCUUUAAUCCUUCCCUUAUAGAGAAGCAGUACUUUGAUAGAUUGAAGUAGAUCAUAGGAAAAGUCAUAACCUUGGCAGACAUUUAAUGGGAUCAGCAAAAUGUAUCUUUUGAUCCCCUAGAACUUAUUAAUCCUAUUAGAGCAGAUAUCCAUAAGAAAAGUCAUGAUCUUAGCAGACAUCGCAUCGGAUCAUAUGAUCAGCAUUUCUUUUAAUCAUCUUGAGCUCAUUAUUCCUUCAGUUUUAGAAGGAAAUUUAUGGUAUAAUUUGAGAGGUAACGUUUUCAAUGGCUGCUACAUAGAACCAACUAAAUAUUAGAGAUGAUUCCAUAAGAAAAGUCCCGAUCUCAGCAGACAUCUGAUCGUUAGACAAGAUCGAUUCAAUUUUUGUUUCCUUGUACAAGAAUGUUGCUUUAUUUCUAACAAAAUCAACAUCUUUUAAAUACUUCAGAUUUCUUUUCAAAUACCUUGAACUUUACUGAACUUUUGAACUUUUAAACUGAAAUAAAUCUGCAUUGAAAGCUAAGCCUUCAUAAUAUACUGAUGCCAUCAGUGACCUUAAUCAAACAAAAUCUAAUGAUUUAUUUUAAUCUUGAUAAAUUGCCAAGAUAUUUGCUAACAAAAAAUCUAACGUAAAAAUAUUGAUUUGUUCUUUGGCCGCGCUAAUAAUUCAUCUCUCUCAUCUAAUCUAAAAACAAUAAAUUUGCGGUAAAAAACACAUUUUAACACUCCCACAUGAAUGAAAAACUU